AUGGAUGAGGCAGAUAGAUUGCGUGAACAGCGGGAAAUUGAGCUUGAGCAACAUCGAUUACAGACGCUUGAGAAAGAAAGAAAGCAGCAAAUUUUAACGCUUGCCACAAAUGGUGCUUCACAAAAUAAUAGCGUUAAACCAAAACUAACUCUUAAUCUUGCAUCAAAACGUCGCGCGGCAUUAAUGGCCCCGGCUGAAGAUGAGGAAUUUGACGAUGAAGAAGGGAUUUAA